UCUGGAUACGACACACACUUGGAUGUCGGAGUGUUUUCUGUGAACACAUCCGCCCCCGCCUCUUCCGCAUGUCCGUGCUGAAACAAACCGCGGCGGGCCACAGUUCCGCCAUGAGAGCAGGAUGUUGCGCUGCAGACCUGAAUCCUCUGAUAAGCUCGUCGGGGAGUUUCUUGGCUCUGGACCCGUCGUCAGGUAAAAUCUCUCCAUCUGGCAAACAACCACUACCGGAGCUUAGCCGGUGCUCUGACCGGGGCAGGAGGAGCAGGCGGGUCGCGACGUCACAAAACAAGAUGAUUAAAAACUGGGGUGUCAUCGGUGGAAUAGCUGCUGCGAUUGCGGCUGGAGUCUAUGUUUUGUGGGGCCCAAUAACAGAGAGAAAGAAGAGAAAGAAAGGUAUGGUUCCUGGUCUGUUGAACUUGAGCAACACCUGCUUCCUCAACUCUUUGCUUCAGGGUUUGGCAGCAUGUCCGUCUUUCGUCCGGUGGCUGGAGAAGUUUUCCGGUUCGCCUAUGAUCCAGCCGUGCAAAGACAACCAGCUGUCUAACACGCUGCUUCAGCUACUCAAAGCUCUGUCCUGUGAUGAACCAGGGGAGGACGUACUCGAUGCCGGAAGCCUCCUGGAUGUUCUCAGACUGUACCGCUGGCACAUUAGUUCAUUUGAAGAGCAGGACGCACAUGAACUUUUUCAUGUCCUCACAUCUUCUCUGGAGGAGGAACGGGAUCGUCAACCCAAAGUCACUCACUUGUUCGACAUGCAGUCCCUCGAGAGUCUCCCUGAUCAAGAUGACAAUUCUAUGACCUGCAGAAGUCGAGCCCCACUCCAUCCAAUACCAAGUCCUUGGAAGUCCCAUCAUCCUUUUCAUGGCCGGUUGACGAGCAACAUGUCAUGCAAGCGCUGUGAGCAACAAAGUCCAGUGCGGUAUGACUCCUUUGAGAGUCUCUCCCUGUCCAUUCCUUUACCUCAGUGGGGUCGACCUAUCUCUCUAGAUCAGUGUCUUCAGCAUUUCAUCUCCUCAGAAACCAUCAAAGAAGUGGAGUGUGAAAACUGCACAAAGCUUCAACGAGAGUCCACAGCAAACGGACAAGUUCUGGAAAGUCAGAGAACAACAUUCGUUAAACAGCUAAAAUUGGGAAAGCUCCCCCAGUGCCUCUGCAUCCAUUUACAAAGACUGACGUGGUCCAGUGAAGGAACCCCCAUCAAAAGACAGGAGCAUGUGCAGUUCACAGAGUAUCUAUCGAUGGACCGCUACAAACACAACGUUCCCAUGCAGAGAACCAAGCGGCUCACAUGUGCACCAAAGCCCAAGAAAGCAGAAAAUACAGAUGAUGUCACCCUCAAUGGCACAGAUGCAGAACAUCAUAACAACAACAACAAAUCUUUUUCCAAUGGAACCUGUUCAUCUUUAUUUCUUCACUCUCCUGGUGUGAACCCACAACUCGGCCUCAUGUAUGACUACAGUUCUACAGAAUACCUUUUCCAGCUCGCGGCCGUGCUGGUUCACCACGGUGACAUGCACUCAGGACAUUUCGUCACGUACCGACGCAGCCCUUCCUCGCAUCACAGCUCCUCGCCCCUCAGCUCCCAGUGGCUCUGGGUGUCGGACGACUCGGUGCGAAAAGCCAGCCUGCACGAGGUGCUGUCAUCCAACGCUUACAUGCUCUUCUACGAGAGAGUGCGAAGGCUGGACCUCGCUCUGCGCUCUGAGUAACUGGACGUACUUCAGGCUUUCCAGUCAAACUGUCACAGGUGUAUGUGCCAGUUAAACUUUGUUAUCGACGGGCAGAUUAUGACUCAGAGAGCAGAGAGGAAAGGAAUCAUGGAGUUGUAGAAACAGCUUUUUUACUUCCUGGAUCACAGCAACAUGUUGAAGAUCACUCUAUGAUGUUUUCUGACAUGAAUUCCAUGAGCGGACAUUUUGCCAUCUGCUCUGAAAGUAGGAUGCUCUAAAUCCGAAUGAGGACGGACCUGCCAGAUAUUUGACACGUGUAACUGUUUCUGUCAAUGUGGCUGGUGCAAAAAAACUUGCCAACACUUGACAAUAUUGUGGAUUCUAUGGUAAGAGUCCUGUGUUAUUUUGGCUGAGGCUGUCAGAGGUGUUGAUGCAGCUCAACAGAGGUAACUCAUCAGGACUCUAUGGAGAUGAUGCUACUUGUUACAUACUCUAAAAAAGGCAAAUUGGUCAAAUUCUUUAACUCUGGUUCUCCAUUGUCUAAUCUAAUCUUCUUAAUCAUUCUCAGCAGUGAACAUGGUCUGAAAUAGAUCAUGAGAUAUUGAAUUUGAUAUUUUUUGUUUCCAGUAAUCCUUACACUGUCCUGUUUUGCAGAGCUGCACAGUUGAGGUUAAAGUGCCAUGUUGUCUUUAUUGCGCAGGAUUUUUUAACACUGAAACCAUGUCUGCUGCAGCUGAUGUGAACAUAACAUAAGAUCUCUUAGUGAAAGCAUGGUGUACCCGAGCUGUUUGACAUCGUCUUUAACAAAUUCAUAAUCUGCUUGUGGUUGAGACAGCCAGAAGAAAACUGCAGGUGUUUUGGGCAAGUAAUUCUGAAUAUUUUUAAAUUCUACGUAAUUGAUGACUGCCUUGUUUGCUCCAACCAAUCAGUAAGAAAAACAGCCUAGUGGGAAGCUCCUGGUAAUGUUUGCGAUUUGCACAAAUGUAUAUUCAUGUGGGAUUGUGUGUAUCUGUGUAUGAUCUUUGAAGGUGAUUGUUUUCAGG